ACCCUGGCAGCUUCAGUCAUAAACAAUGUUCUGACAAUAGAUGCACAGACGGAGCUCAGUACUGCUGAUGCAGAAGGGUGGUCAUUAUCCCAGAAUCAGAGGGGUCAGAGGAGGAAAGGCUGGGACUCUUCCCUUUCCAGCUCAGUAUGUAAGAGAGGAGGAAGGCACAAGAUCUGGACAGCAUGUCAGAAUGAGAACAGCUCUCUGCCACUGUAUACAAUGAACAACCCGCCAUCGUGAAGAGCAGCACCAAUCAGCUUUACCAGUGGAUAAGAAGUGCCAUUCAUGUGCAUAGAGAAACCCUGACAGAGAUUCACUGCCCACUGCAAGAACACUAGCAUGUGAACAAACCUAUAAGGAACAGCCAAAGGAAAUAUCAAAUCUCUGUAAAGAAGAGACAUUGUGGACGAAAGAUGCCAUCAAGAAUAAAAAAAGAAAGACUCCAUGGAUCUCCUGAUCCCGUUGAUGAGUGGGACGUCUGCCGACUCUGGGGUACUGUACCGUGACACAUGGACACGAUCGCUGUGGACUGUACAGGAGGGCCAGCGUUUCCGGCAAUGUUUGUGUGUUACCAUGACAACGCACAGCGAUUGGAGGCGGUGUGAGCGGAGCGGUGCACCCGGAAGUCGAAGUGACGCGGCCGGAUAUGGGAGGGAGUCCGUGGCGUCGUGGAGAGGGAAAUAACAUCUUCUGCUAAACGGCCUUUAGAUGAGCAGCAGACACAUUGUUCUGCCUGUCACCAUUCACUUGCUUGCCAGCUCUGGUCACUCUGUGGUGUUCCAGCAAGCAAUCAAUCGGCUUAUCCAUGGAUUGGGCCUUGAUACUCAACUCUUUCUGGUGUCUGAGCGGGCAGCUCCAGUACAGCGCUACGUGGAGCGCCGGAGAAAACGGGAAUUUCCAGGGAUCUCUGUGACACUCUUCCUUCGUGAAGACCUAGGUGAAGAAAGGAUAUCUCUCCUGCAAAGCUUUUUCCAGCUACCACCAUGGGAUCACAUCAACCCCGAACAUAACCAAGGUCCAUCCUCCUCAAUCAGUCAAACAUGUGAUGAUUUUUACUGUCUGGAUGCCCACAUGCCAGUGUGGGGAAUAAGACGGGUGCAUUAUGGCGCAGAGAUCCUAAGAGUUACCUUAUACUGUAGCUAUGAUAACUAUGAGGAUGCAGUGAGACUUUAUGAAAUGAUUCUGAGGAUGGAGGCAACCAGCCAGAUGGCCAGAUUCUGCUCCUUUGUAUUGCAGUCUACCAGACACACAUCCAUACAGUUCUCCUUAAAACAGCUGCCCCCAGGAGUGUCUGUACAAGUGAAAGAUUCCUGUGCUCUUCAGUUCAUCAUACAAGCCAUAGGACAACUGGUUCCCUUGCUACCUUACCCUUGUAUGCCAAUCAGUGACACACGCUGGCAAACCCAAGAUUAUGAUGGCAACAAAAUCUUACUUCUGGUUGUGGACAGCAACACAGUGGCACAAGGAGGUGAUCUAUUUGCUCCUGAGUUACGAUCAAAUCUCUGCUCUGCUCAGUUAUCUUCAUGUACCAGGCCAACCAAAAGCACACACUCGGAGGAGCAGAUUGGGCUAGGAAACCAGAAAUUUAAAGAAUUUUUUAAAACAACAUGCGAAACGACAGAUCAAAGACAAAACUUGCAUGGUACUAAUGAUAGCGAUUGUCUUAAACUGAUGCCAAGGCACCCAGACGAGACAGAAAUGAAUGUGGACACUGGACAUAGAGUUAUGAGUCUGAGACGCCACAUGCCUCCUAUUUACAGUCUAUCAAGGUGCCUGCGAAGCAUGUCAGUUUAUGAACACAGUCAUGUUUCUGAUCCAGUUUAUAAAGACAUCCAAGAUCUACCCUCUGAACAAGGAGACCCUAAUUUCCCUCUUACUGUUAAAGGGAACAAAGAACCUGACAUCAGAACAAAAAUAUUUCUCCCGGAGAGAUCUCAGAGGCACCAUAGCAAUAGCAAGAGGCUCGGAGAAGAAUUUUUCAUUUGAUGUCAGCUAACGCUGAACUUAUUCACCUUACAUUUGCACAAGUAAACUGCUUUCACGACAGUAACCAUUUAAGCUGGUUCAAAAAUUCAGUUUGAAUUUACAUCUAAAAAAAAGUAAUUCAAGAUUUAAACAAAAAAACAAAAAAAAACCAUAAAAUUAUCACUAAAAAGUACCUGUCAGCACUAAGUUAUUUAAUUAACUAGAUAGUUAUGGCAGUCUAGUGGAAUACAAGUCUUCCCUAACAUAGGCCCUCAUUACGAGUUGAUCGCAUGCAACAACUUUUUGCUGCUCGUGCGAUCAACUUGACGCCACCUAUGGGGGAGUGUAUUUUAGCAUAGCAGGGCUGCGAUCGCUUGUGCAGCUCUGCUAUGCUAAACAAGUUUCCUGCAAAACAAGACCAGGAUCAGACCUACUUACCCUGAGCGACGGAACCAGCGAUGAAGGUUCCGGGAUUGACGUCAGACAUCCGCCCUCCAAACGCCUGGAUCCGCCUCACCACAACGGCCCCGGAACGCCUCCCGCCUGUCAGUCUUCAUGCGACCGCCGCUGCGAUCACUUUCUGCGCUGGUGGCGUCGCAACGACGCACGGGCACCGCGCAGCCGCAGUCCUGACCCGAAGAAACGCUGCGUGCGAACGGGUCGGAGUGACCCCCAAAAUCUUUCCACACGGAAGCAUCUGAUUAGCAGAGUGGCUGGGAUGAUAUUCACAUGCUAAUCAGCAACUAGCAUGGUCAUGGCUGUCAUGAGAAAGUUUGGGCACCGAUACAGGGGGGAGGAAGAGUGUGUCCCGGCUUCUGGGGCAGGCAUGGACCUCGUUAUGUGACUAUGGUUGGGAAGCAAGUGUAUAAUAUCUAAACAUUUCACUAAUCUGCCACUUUAAUAAGAUGACAGUGAUUUCUAUUUAAUUAAAGUAGCUCACGUUCCUUUCAACUUAAAAAAUGGAUUUCAGAGGUUGUGGAGAAUGUGCAGUUCUGUAUUUUUGCCUGCAGAUCCAUUGUGAAUAACAAACGUCACCAGUAGAUGUCUUUAAAACCUCCUGUUUUUCAAUUUGUCAAGUCACCUUCCUUGUGAGUUUACUAUUAUUAUUGUUAUUAUUAUUAUUAUUAUUAUUAUUAUUAUCAUUGUUUAUUUGGUUAGGAGGCACCACAAAAGUAUCCAACCUGCCUUGAGAUAAAAAAAAAGUUUGUAAAAAAAAAAAAAAAAAUUCAUAUUGCAGCAUUCUCGGUUACUGAUUCUGGGCAAUUAAUAGAAAUGACCGGACUGACCACACCUGGGGUUUUAUUUACUAAGAUUCGUGUUCCUGACGAAUUGGUGGGAGUUUAAACUCAAAUUUUAUCGGCUGUCUGUUUCUGCAACUUUUUGAAAUUAUUUUCGGUAAUUUACUAAGUUGCCAAGUUUGAGUUUUUCAUAUUUUCCAAGUCGAUGUGAUUCGUAUUGUCGGGCAGUGUUUUACGGGAGUGAUUAGUAAAACACUGCCCGACAUAACACAAUGAAGCCCGGCCGGAUCAAUGAGAUCCGUGCAGGGCUUCAUUGUGUACAGCAUGAGAAGUAUUUAAACAGUUAAAAAUGUAAAUAAAAUUGCGUGGGGUCGCCCCUCCUAAGCAUAACCAGCCUCGGGCUCUUUGACCCGGCCCUGGUU